GUACAGAAAAUAGCCUGAUUCACUCUGCAUUUCACUGCUCUCAAUCAGUUUCCCGUUGCUUUUGAAUGUCGGGAACACAUUAUAAGUUCAGCCCGUAGAUGCCAGCCUACUGGACUCGCUCACGUACGUUUGACAUAUUUCAAAAAAUAAUUUGAACGCCAUUUAUUUACUAGCCAACCUAACAACCGCGCUGGCGAGCCGUGAACUGUAAAACUGAAAGAAAGAAAAAACACACGUACAAACUCCUGGUUUCUCUAAAACGCUACGUUGUUAAUCUCCUCGACACUCUCGACAUCCGGAGGAAGAUUUGAAUACUCGACAGUUUCCGAGAAAGUAACUAAGUAACAAGUUGAGUCGACCGGCGAGGUUAUCGGGUGAAAGGUGACAUUGCUUCGGGCUAUUGCCUCGUAGAAUGCACAAUGCGGCGAGUGUCUCAGCCUCUCUGGGGUCCAUGGGACUGUUGCGUCUCUUUGGGGUGUCCUGGUCCUGGAGUCUUGCAGCAGGCCUUGGGGUAUAUCUGGGCACAAGAACCUGGAAAUACUUCUACAUUGCAGCACGCACUGCCAAGAGAGACCUCAAUGGCCUGUAUGUGCUGUUGAGAGUGAAGAUGGCUUUGUGGCGUUACAUGCGUAAUGGAAGUAAUGUUCCUUCCAUAUUCGCCCAGACAGUAAAACUCCACCCAAAUAAACCAGCACUGAUCUAUGAGGCCACGGGGGAAACAUGGACCUUCACACAGCUGGAUGAGCUGUCUAAUGGGGUGGCCCACUGGGCAAGAGGUCAGGGGUGGAUCUCGGGGGAUGUGGUGGCCCUCUUUAUGGAAAGUAGGCCGUUGCAGGUGGCCCUUUGGCUGGGCUUUGCCAAGGUUGGGGUGGAAGCUGCACUCAUCAACUUCAACCUCCGCAAUGAUUCCCUCCUGCACUGUAUCGGGGUGUCUGGGUCACGGGCUAUUGUGUUUGGAGCUGAGCUUGCUGAUGCCAUGUUGGAGGUCAGUUCCUCCUUCAGCCAGUCCAUGGUACAGUUCUGUACAGGAGACCUCAGUGCAGAACAUCUGGCCCGUCUGGGUGCUCAUCCUCUGGACCCAAUUUUAGCGUCUGCAUCUAGACAUCCCCCUUCACCUUGUGUUCCCCCCAAAGGCAUGAAUGACCGUCUAUUUUAUAUAUACACCUCCGGCACCACAGGGCUGCCCAAAGCUGCCAUCGUGGUACACAGUCGUUACUACAGAAUUGCUGCUUUUGGGUAUUUUGCCUUUCGCAUGCGCUCUGAUGACAUCAUCUAUGACUGCCUGCCUCUCUAUCACUCUGCAGGUAAUAUCAUGGGAGUUGGUCAGUGUCUGAUCCAAGGACUCACUGUGGUAGUGAAGAAGAAAUUCUCUGCCAGCCGCUUCUGGGAAGAUUGCAUUAAGCAUAACUGCAGUGUGGUGCAGUAUAUCGGGGAAAUCUGCCGCUACCUCCUGUCUCAGCCAGUACGGCCAUCAGAAAAAGGCCACAAAGUUCGGCUGGCUGUGGGAAACGGGUUGCGCCCCAGUGUGUGGGAGGCCUUCACAGAACGAUUUGGGGUGGCACAGAUUGGCGAGUUCUAUGGAGCGACUGAGUGCAACUGUAGCAUUGCCAACAUGGAUGGAAAGGUGGGAGCCUGUGGAUUCAACAGUCGCAUUCUCCCCAAUGUGUACCCAAUCCGUCUGGUGAGGGUGGACGAGGACAGCAUGGAGCUGGUUCGCAACAGCCAGGGCCUCUGUGUGCCUUGCCGCCCUGGGGAGCCAGGGCUUCUGGUGGGUCGUAUCAAUCAGCAGGACCCAUUACGGCGUUUCGAUGGCUAUGCUAACCAGGAUGCUACAAGGAAGAAGAUAGCUCACAAUGUCUUUAAGAAAAAUGAUUCUGCAUAUAUUUCAGGGGAUGUGCUGGUGAUGGAUGAACUGGGAUAUAUGUACUUCCGUGACCGUGGCGGAGAUACAUUCCGUUGGAGAGGAGAAAAUGUCUCCACCACCGAGGUGGAGGGCAUACUCAGCAGUCUUCUGGGUCAGACUGAUGUAGCUGUGUAUGGUGUGACCGUUCCAGGUGUGGAAGGUAAGGCAGGCAUGGCUGCCAUUGCAGACACCACAGGGACCUUUGACAGCAACAGUUUCUUCCAGAAAGUCCAGAGAGCUCUUCCUCCAUAUGCUCGCCCUGUGUUCCUACGAAUCUCCCCACAUGUAGACACCACAGGUACAUUUAAAAUCCAGAAAACCAGGCUACAGAGGGAGGGAUACGACCCACGUCUCACCACUGAUCAGAUCUACUUUUUGAACACUAGAGCUGCGCUUUAUGAGGCUGUAGAGGAGGAGCUAUACAGUGCUAUAGCGGAGGGAAGAAUGUCUCUAUGACAUGGAGGCCAUAGCAGGGCAGUCUUGGUGCUUCAGUUAAAGAGAUGCUGUUGAGAGAAGAUGUCGGGAUCAGUCAGUCUUGGUGCACCACCUGCCUGGAUUUUGACCUUUUCAGGGAACAGAGUUGAGAGGACUACUUACAUAGGCAGAGUAUUCUUACAGAUGAUGUUUUAACACUGUAUGAGUAACACACCAGGACAUAAUGGAAGGGCAUUUAUUCCCUUUUUAAUAACUUCUUUUUAAUUAUUAAAUGAACACUUCAAAACGCCUUUGAGCAUUACACUUAGAGUGGGUAUCUCCCACAGUCCAUUUAAAAUAGGAUACAUGUUACAGUAAUGUGGUUAGGACAGCAAGGAGUAGUAUCACAUCAAACUGUUACAGGGUAUAUACCCAUUUAUGCUGCAAAGAAUAAUUCUGUGUAGGGUAAGCAAUACUUGAGUGUGAAGUUAUGGAGUUACUGCUGUGUGUUUGGAUCAGGCUGAAAGACUUCAACAUGCAGUACAUGUGGCAACUAGAUCAAACACUAACCGUAGAGUUUUUUUUUUAAUGCAAUGAAAAACUAAUCUCACAUGUCAUAUUUGAACCUCUGUACAGUGGCACGGGUUUGCAAAUACACAAAAGUUACUGUAUGUGCCUUAAAUGAAACUUCAGAUCCACGUUUCAGUUUUUUAAUGCUUUUUUUGGGAACAGCUCAAAAGAUUGGAAAUCACAGUAGUGAUUUUGUGUCAUGCAAAGCUGAGUCACACAUGGUGACUCGUUUUAUGUAACAAAUCUUAUCCUUGUAGUAAUAUAAAUAUAUAUAUAUAUAUAUAUAUAUAUAUAAAAAUAUAUAUAUAUAGGUGUUAAAGAUUGUGAAGCUAUUUUCAAUUCCAGGUCUCCCAGACUACAUUUUGUUGUAACUCAAAUUAAAUAUUUUAAAACAUG